UUUGAAAGAUGGUGCUAGAAUCUGUAUGCUUGCAAGAUGGAGAGCCUAGUUGUUAUUCUAAGUUUAGUAUCCAUCUUUGUUCUCUUCAUUAUCACACAAAGAAACACAAGAACAAGAUCAAGAACACCACUUCCACCUGGCCCUAAAGGCCUUCCUCUAAUUGGAAAUCUCCACCAACUUGAUGCCAAAUCCCCACAUCACUAUUUUAGAGAACUCUCCAAACACUAUGGCCCCAUCAUGUCCUUCAAACUUGGUUCAACCCAAGCCCUUGUUAUUUCCUCAUCAAAAUUAGCCAAAGAAGUGUUAAAGACACAUGACCUCAAAUUUGCAAGUAGGCCACCUUACUUAGGCCUAAGGAAAUUGUCAUAUAAUGGCUUGGACUUAGGUUUUGCACCUUAUAGCCCUUAUUGGAGAGAGAUGAAGAAGCUUUGUGUUUUGCACCUUUUUAGCUCUCAAAGGGUCCAUUCUUUUAGACCCUUUAGAGAACAAGAGGUUGCAAACAUGAUUAGGAGGAUAUCCCAACAUGAAGAUUCAAACAAAGUUGUAAACUUGAGUGACACUUUGAUGUUUUUUACCAACACUUUGAUAUGUAGGGUUGCUUUUGGGAAAGAAUAUGGUAAUGAGUACCAUGUUGUUGAUGAAGAAUUAGGGUGUGGCCAAAGGAGCAAGUUGCAAGUGUUGCUAAAUGAGGCUCAAGCAUUGUUGGUUGAGUUUUACUUUUCAGAUCAUUUUCCCAUGUUGGGGUGGGUUGAUUGGCUUAGAGGAACACUUUGGAGGCUAGAUAAGAACUUCAAGGAAUUGGACAAGUUCUAUGAAAGAGUUAUCUUUGACCAUAUGGAUUCAGCUAGGGCUAAUAAAUCCAAUGAGCAACAAGUUAAAGACAUCAUUGAUAUCUUUCUAGAGAUGAUGAAUGAUCACUCACUCUCCUUUGAUCUCACUCUAGAUCAUAUAAAAGCUGUGCUCAUGGUAAGUAAUUAUAGCUAGCAUCUUUUUAAUAUUU